UGACGUCAUGCCAGGGCCAGCAGGUCUUUCGCUCUUCCCCCUCUGGUAUUCUUCCUUCCCAGUCCCUUCCCACCCUUGCCCGGUUCCUCCUUACGUCCCCGCCCGGGCGGCUACGCGGGCGGCCGAGGCCAUGGAGUAAGCGGACUGUCGCGGCCAGGUGCGGGGAGGGCCGAAGGAGCACAGCCUGGUGGCACCUAGGGGGCGGGGGAGAACGAGCCCCAGCACCGCCCCUCCUGGGACGAGAGCCGGGAGGUGAGUGAGGGAUCGCGGGCUCCCGCGACCUCCCGCGGUGGCGGAGCCGUCGCCGUUGCCGUCGUUUGGCUUCUAAGGGCGGUGAGGGGAGAAUGGAGAAGGACCGGCGCGCGGGGUAACUAUAACUACUGCAGCCAUGGAGUCCAUGCUUAAUAAAUUGAAGAGUACUGUUACAAAAGUAACAGCUGAUGUCACUAGUGCUGUUAUGGGAAAUCCUGUCACUAGAGAAUUUGAUGUUGGUCGACAUAUUGCGAGUGGUGGCAAUGGGCUAGCUUGGAAAAUUUUUAAUGGCACAAAAAAGUCAACAAAACAGGAAGUGGCUGUUUUUGUCUUUGAUAAAAAGCUGAUAGACAAAUAUCAAAAAUUUGAGAAGGAUCAAAUCAUUGAUUCUCUAAAACGAGGAGUCCAACAGUUAACACGGCUUCGACACCCUCGGCUUCUUACUGUUCAACAUCCUUUAGAAGAAUCCAGAGAUUGCUUGGCAUUUUGUACAGAGCCAGUUUUUGCCAGUUUAGCCAAUGUUCUUGGUAACUGGGAAAAUCUACCUACACCUAUAUCUCCAGACAUUAAAGAUUAUAAGCUGUAUGAUGUAGAAACUAAAUAUGGCUUGCUUCAGGUUUCUGAAGGAUUGUCAUUUUUGCAUAGCAGUGUCAAAAUGGUUCAUGGAAAUAUUACACCUGAAAAUAUAAUUUUGAAUAAAAGUGGAGCCUGGAAAAUAAUGGGUUUUGAUUUUUGUGUGUCAUCGACCAAUCCUUCUGAACAAGAGCCUAAGUUUCCUUGUAAAGAGUGGGACCCAAAUUUACCAUCACUGUGUCUUCCAAAUCCUGAAUAUUUGGCUCCUGAAUAUAUACUUUCUGUGAGCUGUGAAACAGCCAGUGAUAUGUAUUCUUUAGGAACUGUCAUGUAUGCUGUAUUUAAUAAAGGGAAACCUAUAUUUGAAGUCAACAAGCAAGAUAUUUAUAAGAGUUUCAGUAGGCAGUUGGAUCAGUUGAGUCGUUUAGGAUCUAGUUCACUCACAAAUAUACCCGAGGAAGUCCGUGAACAUGUGAAACUGUUGCUUAAUGUAACUCCAACUGUAAGACCUGAUGCAGACCAAAUGACAAAGAUUCCUUUCUUUGAUGAUGUUGGUGCAGUAACUCUUCAAUAUUUUGAUACUUUAUUCCAAAGAGAUAAUCUUCAGAAGUCACAGUUUUUCAAAGGAUUGCCAAAGGUUCUAUCAAAACUGCCUAAGCGAGUAAUUGUGCAGAGAAUUUUACCUUGCUUGACUUCAGAAUUUGUCAACCCCGACAUGGUACCUUUUGUUUUGCCCAAUGUUUUGCUGAUUGCUGAGGAAUGCACCAAAGAAGAAUAUGUCAAAUUAAUUCUACCUGAACUUGGUCCUGUGUUUAAACAGCAGGAGCCAAUCCAGAUUUUAUUAAUUUUCCUACAAAAAAUGGAUUUGCUAUUGACCAAAACCCCUCCUGAUGAGAUCAAGAACAGUGUCCUACCGAUGGUUUACAGAGCACUCGAGGCUCCUUCCAUUCAGAUCCAGGAGCUCUGUCUAAACAUCAUUCCAACCUUUGCAAAUCUUAUAGACUACCCAUCCAUGAAAAAUGCUUUGAUACCAAGAAUUAAAAAUGCUUGUCUCCAAACGUCUUCUCUUGCUGUUCGUGUGAAUUCAUUAGUGUGCUUAGGAAAGAUUUUGGAAUACUUGGACAAGUGGUUUGUACUUGAUGACAUCCUGCCCUUCUUACAACAGAUUCCAUCCAAGGAACCAGCUGUCCUCAUGGGAAUCUUAGGUAUUUACAAAUGUACUUUUACUCAUAAGAAGUUGGGAAUCACCAAAGAGCAGCUGGCUGGAAAAGUUUUGCCUCAUCUCAUUCCUCUGAGUAUUGAAAACAAUCUCAAUCUCAAUCAGUUCAAUUCUUUCAUUUCCGUGAUAAAAGAAAUGCUUAACAGAUUGGAGUCUGAACAUAAGACCAAACUGGAGCAACUUCAUAUAAUGCAAGAGCAACAGAAAUCUUUGGACAUAGGAAAUCAAAUGAAUCCUUCUGAGGACACCAAAGUUACACACACUGGGAAUCAGCAGAUUGACAAGGUUUUUAACAAUAUUGGAGCAGACCUUUUGACUGGUGGUGAAUCAGAAAAUAAAGAAGAUGGGAUACAGAAUAAACAUAAAAGAGGGUCACUUACACUUGAAGAAAAACAGAAAUUAGCAAAAGAACAGGAGCAAGCACAGAAAUUGAAAAGCCAACAGCCUCUUAAACCCCAAGUACACACAUCUAUUGCUCCAGUCAAACAGACAAAGGACUUGACGGACACAUUGAUGGAUAAUAUGUCAUCUUUGUCGAGUCUUUCUGUUAGUACUCCUAAACUUCCUGCUUCCAGUACCUUCACUUCUGUUCCUCCAAUGGGCCUUGGCAUGAUGUUUUCAACACCAAUCGAUAAUACAAAGAGGAAUUUGACAAACGGCCUAAAUGGCAACAUGGGCUUUCAGACUUCGGGAUUCAGCAUGCCAGUUAAUUCAAACCAGAACUUCUUCAGUAGUACAAGCACACCUGGAGUGAACAAGAUGACUCUGGGAGCACCUCCCACUCUGCCAAACUUCAGUGCUCUGAGUGUUCCUCCUGCUGGGGCAAAGCAGCCCCAACAAAGACCCACGGAUAUGUCUGCUCUUAAUAAUCUCUUUGGCCCUCAGAAACCCAAAGUUAGUAUGAAUCAACUGUCACAACAGAAACCAAAUCAGUGGCUUAAUCAGUUUGUACCUCCUCAAGGCUCUCCGGGUAUGGGCAGUGCGGUGAUGGGCGCACAGGUGAAUGUGAUGGGACAGUCUGCCUUCGGUGUGCAGGGUAACCCUUUCUUUAACCCACAGAACUUUGCACAGCCACCACCUCCUAUGACCAAUAGCAGUUCAGCUAGCAAUGAUUUAAAAGAUCUUUUUGGAUGAAGGGUUUUGCUCCUAUUUUUGCAGGUUUACUUCAGUUUUAAUCAUGAGUAAGCUGGUUUACGUCUUUGUAUAGUUGGCUUGAAGAAACCACUGUGGAAGGAAAAGUCUGUGAAAGAAGGCACUUGUUUCCAUGCCAGCCAGCAUGACAAUUGAAUGGACUCCUAAUCAGUUGCAUUUUUUUUAAAGCACUGAGGAUUUUUUUUCCUCUCCCAAACUCCUCUUCAGGUUUUUAAUAACCCAAUCCUUAACCAAUCUCAAAGAGAACAUGGACAACUGAAUUAAUCUUGAAUAGCAGAAUUUUUAAAUCAAAUGUUUAUUUUAGCUUGUAAAUCUUGGUGUUAUUUAAACAUUGAGUUGCUGUAACUUCAAGCUCACCUACUACAUACUAUCUGGUACAGAGUCUACCUUCCUAAGUCUUCAUUUUAAUAUGUGAGAAAUCUUGAUGCUGUAUUGGCUUGUUUGCAUUUAGUGUGACUGAAUGAGAAUGAUACAUGUAAAGAGGAGGAUCGGGUUAUUUGCUUUUUCCAAUUUUAUUUAGCUUUUCAGAUGAACUAAUGUUUAGUACAAAAGACUGAGCAAAUACUGCAGACCUUAACUUUGAUUUCAUUGGUUUGAAAAGCAUUAUUGAUCAUCUUAAAUGCAAACUAAUCAUUGUAAAUUAUAUUUUAGCAUGAUCUGCCUCAAAUAAUGUAUUUUUCUGCAUCUACUUGAAAUUUAUUUAGAAUCACUUUUUUUCCUACUGUAUCACAGAAGAGCUAUGUACUUGAUUUGUACAGAUAUUUGACAAAACACUCUGAUGUGAUUUCCCUGUUAUCUUCAUAUUUCAUUUUAAUUCACACUUCUGAGGUUUCAGCAUAUGUAAAUUACAUUUUCAAGAAAAGAUUUGUAAAAAGUAAACUAUAUUUAAUGAGUAAACUUUUGAGAUUUCUGUAUUGUUUCAAAUGUAAUAAACUUCUUGAAAAUAAACAAUUGUAUCUUCU